UCCGGGAAAAAAAUGGCGCUGCCGGCGGUGGGCAGGGACUAAGGGGCGGCGAGCGGUGCGGGGAUGGCGAGCUUGGAUCACAAGUCGCCAAACCUACUGUUGCAGAGUCUGUGUUGCCGGAUUCUUGGCCGCAACGAGGCUGAUGUGGCUCAACAGUUCCAGUAUGCUGUGCGAGUUAUCGGAAGCAAUUUUGCUCCCACUGUGGAGCGGGAUGAAUUUCUUGUGGCUGAAAAAAUCAAGAAAGAAAUGGUGAGGCAGAGAAGGGAGGCAGAUGCAGCUUUAUUUUCAGAACUUCAUCGUAAGCUGCAGUCACAGGGUAUAAUAAAAAACAGAUGGGCUGUACUCUACCUCCUGCUCAGCCUCAGUGAGGAUCCACGUAAACCCCUGAGCAAGGUCGCUAAUUAUGCAGCAUUAUUUGCGCAAGCAUUACCAAGAGAUGCUCAUUCUACUCCUUACUACUACUCCAGACCACAGUCUCUUCCCCUGACUUAUUCUGACAGGGCUGCUUCCUCUCAAAGUGCUGGCAGCAUGGGAAGUAGUGGAGUUGGCAGCCUUAGCAUUUAUGGCUUAAAUGGGCCAACACCAACCCCUCAGUCAUUAUUACCAGGACAAACUUAUCAAAGUACAGCAACAGCAGAUGCAAUGAGACAGCAGUUAGGAUCGCGGCUUGCGUGGGCAUUGUCUGCUGCUCAACCCUCAUCAUUAUCUACCUCAAAAGGACUUCCAGGCUCAAUGUCUCGGAAUAUGUCAAGGCUGAGACGUGAAGGUGAUCUUGGCUCAUCUGCAGAAGUAACAGAGGUCGCACUGGUCAGAGAUAUUCUUUAUGUCUUCCAGGGAAUUGAUGGCAAAUGUAUCAAAAUGUGUAAUUCUGAAAACUGCUAUAAAAUUGAUUCCAAGCUGGGAAUAUCAAAAUCUCUGAGAGAUACAGUGAGUAGAUUAGCAGAACUUGGAUGGCUUCAUAACAAAAUAAGGAAAUACACAGACCAGAGAUGUUUGGAUCGUGCCUUUGGCCUUGUGGGGCAGAGUUUUUGUGCUUCCUUGCAUCAGGAGCUGAAGGAAUAUUACAGGUUACUUUCUGUUUUACAUUCCCAGAUACAAGUAGAAGAUGACCAAGGUGUGAAUGUUGGGCUGGAAAGCACCCUAACGUUGCGGCGCCUACUCAUCUGGACAUACGAUCCCAAGAUUAGACUCAAGACACUCGCAGCACUUGUUGAUCAUUGCCAAGGGAGGAAAGGCGGAGAAUUGGCAUCUGCUGUCCAUGCUUACACCAAAACCGGAGACCCAUACAUGAGAUCAUUGGUGCAGCAUAUCCUGAGCCUGGUAUCACACCCUAUACUCAAUUUCCUCUAUCGCUGGAUUUAUGAUGGAGAGUUGGAAGACACGUACCACGAGUUUUUUGUAGCUUCUGAUCCAACUGUGAAGGCUGACAGAUUAUGGCAUGACAAAUACACUCUGAGAAAGUCAAUGAUUCCAUCCUUCAUCACAAUGGAUAAAGCCAGAAAGGUGCUUUUGAUUGGGAAAUCCAUAAAUUUUUUGCAUCAAGUUUGUCAUGAUCAAACUCCAACAGCAAAGAUGAUGGCUGUGACCAAAUCAGCAGUUUCACCAAAAGAUGCUGCUGAACUGUUCACUGAUUUGGAAGGUGGUUUUCAAGAAAAAAUUGAUGCAGCGUAUCAUGAAACCAGCAAGUACUUGCUCGAUGUACUCAACCAGAAUUAUCAUUUGCUGGAGCACAUUAAGGCAGCACGACGUUACUUACUCCUGGGUCAGGGAGAUUUCGUACGUCACCUCAUGGAUUUGCUGAAGCCUGAGUUGGCGAGAUCAGCCUCAACACUGUAUCAACACAAUCUGACUGGAAUCCUUGAAACUGCUGUUCGAGCCACAAAUGCACAGUUUGAUAAUCCUGAGAUCCUCAAACGCCUGGAUGUUAGACUCUUGGAGAUAUCGGCUGGAGAUACAGGAUGGGAUGUGUUCAGUUUGGAUUAUCAUGUUGAUGGCCCAAUUGCAACAGUGUUCACUCGAGAAUGUAUGAACCAUUAUUUAAGGGUAUUCAACUUCCUGUGGCGAGCUAAACGAAUGGAGUAUGUCCUCACUGAUAUCUGGAAAGGACAGAUGUGUAACGCUAAGUUGCUUAAAAACAUACCAGAGCUAUCAGGAGUGCUUCACCAGUGUCACAUUCUGGCAUCAGAAAUGGUACACUUUGUACAUCAGAUGCAGUAUUACAUCACUUUUGAGGUGUUGGAAUGUUCCUGGGAUGAGCUGUGGAAUAAGUUGCAACAGGCACAGGAUCUUGAUCACAUCACUGCUGCUCACGAAACUUUCCUUGACACAAUAGUCUCACAAUGUCUGCUGGACAGCAACUCCGAAGAACUGUUAACACAGCUUCGAGCACUGUUUGAUCGAAUCUUGGAGUUUCAGAGUGCGCAAGAGUCCAUGUAUCGUUCGGCCCUUGAGGAAUUACAUCAUCGUCUGCGGUAUGCAGAAUUGAAGAAGGAAAGACAGGCUGAGGGAAAGUGGGGAACGACAGCAGCUGAAGAAGAGGCAGAAAAUAAGAGAAUUAAUGAAUUCCAGCAGUUAAUUCCGAAGAUGUGUUCUCAGAUACGUGUAUGCUCACAUUUUUACCAGGAUAUUGUCCAACAAUUCCUGGUAUUAUUGACAAAAAGUCCUGAUGAAAGUCUCCGUUUCCUGAACUUCAGGCUGGACUUCAACGAGCAUUAUAAAGCAAGGGAUCCUCGGCUGCACACUUCACUGGGCAGUGCCAGGGGCAAGCGCAGCUCAGCAAUGUAAGCUGUUAUCCAGAGACAUUUCUACUCAUUAUAAUGAGGGCUACAGUUACAUCUACCAUGGGUUUCUGCUCUUGCUGCCCUGUUGAUCAUGAUAUCUAUGUUGGUUGCCAGUGAUGCAUUGUAUCACUGAGGAGCGAGACAAUUAAUCACCUGUCACUGACAAAUAUUAAAUCUCGAGAGCAAGAAUUGUAUUCCACGUCACAAUGUAAUUUAUUUAUAAUCGAUGAAUGUUUUGUUUGUGAAUUAAACUGAAGUUUGUUGCAAUUUGCAUUUUUUUAGCUUUAAUUGCAGCUUUAUUUGAACUUUGCAGUCAAAACAGAAAGUAUCAUUUAUAGAUCAAAUACCACAUUUUAUUUUACAAAUAACAAAAUGUUUUAAACUGCUUUAAAAAAAAUUGUUCAGGAACAAACUUUUUUAAUGGCGAUUCACUUAACUUGUUUUCAUGUUGCAACAUAGACUGACAUAGUUGAAUUCAUUUCAAAAAUGACAUCACAUGAUUAAACUCUUUUUUUAGAAUUACAUAGUAAAUAGUUUCAAUUCUUUCAUUGUGUAAAAUAAACCUAAUGGGCUAUAAAUGAAAGAAAUAUCUGCAAAGGGUUCUUAUGGUUUAAUUUGUGAAUGAGUUCAGUUUGUUUUAGUAUUAAAUCCCUCUGUGGAUUUGCUUGUGCUCAAGAGCCAAUCUGACAAUGAAUAAAUACGAGGAUAGGGCAAUAAUGCUAGGCUACAGAAAGAGGUAUCUCUUUUAGGCUACAUGCAAUAUUUAGUGGGUUCUUCAACAGUGAUGUUUGGAACAUCAAUUUGGGGGCUGCACACAAGUUGUGAUGGUUUCUAUUCCUAAAGUUUUCUAAUAGACAGGGUGUGGAGAGUGGUGGGGAUGCAACAUUUGCUUAAGCCCCCCCACACAUCAGUUUAAAAACGCAGGUUGGGAAAACUGCUGAAGACUACCUUGUAAAUCAUGUCCAAUGUUUGUAGGCUGCAGCAAACAUUUAACAUUCAAGUGUGCUAAUUUAUCUGUUAUGACUGUUUCACUGAAAUUAUCUAUUUUGUCACAACAUGGCUGAGUUGUUGUCCCUUUUCGAGCACUGUGUGUUCUAAAGUUGAAGAGCAAGCCUGUCCAUUAAUCUAACGUAGAAAUAGACGUGUACACCAGAAAAAAAGGGUUAUAACAUCGUGGGUAUAACAUCAAUAUUUACUUAUUUAAAAUUUUAAGUAUAUUUUCUAAAUACAACUCUGUCUUCCUCACUUGUUUUCUCUCAGGAUCCGUGGCUGCAGAAUGAGUCAGUGAGCCGUAACUUAGAGGAUGCGUGAACUUCCCCGAACAUCCUUUACAGUUAAACUAUGAAUUAUGGCUAAUGUAGGAUCUUUGGAUUUAGCGGGUUGUGUAAGGAGGAAGUCUAUCUCAAAUGUUAAUUCCAGAUGAGUUUGUGGGCUAUUUUAAGGGAUUACAUAUUGAAUUUGAAUUAUUUAUGGAAGACUAUUUAAGCAGUGUAAAAUAAGGGCCAACAUAGUUUGAACUAAUGUCAUGAAUUUGCUGCAUCCCUGUACACGUCAAAUGGUUUGGCCUGUAGACUGAAAUGCCUUGUGGUGUUGGCUUUAUGGGCAGUUAUGCCCAGAGACCCCGGGUUCCAAUCCAGGCGCAGAGAACAAUGCCUGACGUCUGUAUAAAAUAGUUUUCUCCCUCCUCAGAAAUGACAUGGGAAUAGUACCUUUACUAUUGAGUUAUUAAAGAUCCAUUUAAAGCACCUCCUGAUGUCUGCUUCAUCAUGCCCUCACAUUUGGUGACAGCGGUGGGAUGUGCCCAACAGAAGAUUCUAAUCCUAUUCUAUUUAUUUUGGUCUUGUUUGUGUCUUGUCUCACAUCGGUAUCCAUCUUCAAUGAAGACAGGAGUCUGUAGAUGCUGCAAUAUGGAGAAUUUAACUCCUGAAAGAUAUUUGUGGGUUGAGCAGUAACUUUGGGGGAGAG